AAAAUCUUAGUAUUAUGUGCCGGUCUGUGGUGGCUCGAACAACACAUCGCUCUCGUGUCGUCAGUCCGUCAGAAACUAUCAAUACCCUACUAGGUACUACCUACUAGAAAAAUAUUUUUAAAGCAACGCAUAUUACAUUAGAUAAAGAUAAAAAAGAUACUUCAGAUAAGUUGUGGUCAGUUUUUCAGUGAUUAAAAAUAUAUAUCGAAAUCAAUAAGAAUGUUUGAGGUUGUGGAUUUGGUUUUGAGCAAUGAGACAAAUUGCAAGAGGGUCGUCGAUCUACUACAACAGCUUGUUUUUAGUGAUGAAAUCAUCAACAGAAUUAGAAAUGUUUUUAUUAAUGAAAUGCAACUGGCCCUCAAUGAACAGCCUUCAUCACUUCAAAUGGAAAACACAUAUAUCCCAGAGCUCCCUGAUGGAACAGAGCAAGGAGUCUUCCUAGCUUUGGACUUGGGCGGUACAAAUUUUCGAGUUAUUUUGAUGGUUCUUCAGAAGGGACACAUCGUCGAAGAAACUGUUCAACAUUACCACAUUUCCGACGAAUCGAGAAUUGGUUGUGGUGAUGCCCUUUUUGAUUACCUUGCCAAAUGUGUUGAUGAUUUUGCUAAACAAAACGGACUGUCCGACAACUGUACCUAUCCCAUGGGUUUUACAUUUUCAUUUCCAAUGCGACAACACAGCUUAGAUUCUGGCAGUUUGGUAACAUGGACAAAAUCGUUUAAUUGCCCAUCGGUAGUUGGCAUGGAUGUGGUUGAAAAACUUCGCAAAUCCUUACUCAAGUGCAAUCGGCAUAAUAUUGAGAUAUUGGCAAUUUUAAAUGAUACAACAGGAACUCUUGUUCAAGGGGCUCGUAUUGAUGCCAACACACGAAUCGGUAUUGUCUUGGGUACCGGUUCAAAUGCCUGCUACAUGGAAUUGGCCAAAAAUGUCAAACACUGGGAAACUCGAUGUCAUGGCGAUCAUGUUAUUAUCGAUGUUGAAUGGGGAGCUUUUGGAGAUAAUGGAGUUUUGGAUUUUAUUAAAACGAAAUUCGAUCGAACAGUUGAUGAGGGGUCAUUGUUGAAAAAUUCAUUUACGUUUGAAAAGUACAUAAGCGGCAAGUACCUGGGUGAAUUGUGCCGUGUUAUACUCGAAGAGUUGUAUUUACAGAAAUUAUUCUUACCAACAAUUUCCAAGGAGAAAUUCCCAAAACCCUGGACAUUUGGAUCGGAUAAUGUUUCGAAAAUUGAACACGACACAGUUAACUCUCAAAAUGACAAUCUUCUCGGAAUCCUUAGUAAUUUGGAUUUGGAGUUUGAAAAAGAUUACACCUACGAUGACAUUCACAUUAUACGUUAUGUUUGUGGCUUGAUUACAAAGAGGGCAGCUCAGCUUUUAGCAAUAAAUACAUCGAUCUUACUUAAUCGAAUGGAAGAAAAGGAAAUCACGGUAGCCAUAGAUGGAUCUGUUUAUAAGCACCAUCCUCGUUUAAGGCAUUGGAUUGCUGAAUAUACAAAAGCGAUGAGUCCUAACAAAAAGAGCAAAUUUAUGCUAGCUGAAGACGGUAGCGGUAAAGGUGCUGCUUUAGUUGCUGCUAUUUCUAAAAAAAUUGCUAUUCGUGAAUCAGAACAAAUAAAAAAGUGAUAUUUUCUGCGUGUUAUGUUAAAAAAAAAAACAAAUACACUUUUUUUUAUUACCACACAUGUACAAAAAUAUAUAUUUUUUGUUGGAGACAACGAUGCGGGUUUAAAGUAAGGAAAAAAAUACACACACACAUACAAAAAGGGAGUAACAUUGAUGUACUGUUGAUUUGUGUGAAUUCACUCAUUUAAAAUAGUAACUA